UCUUGCUUCAGCCACGAUUGUUAUCUUUGUUCAACUCCACCGCUCAGUUUGAAUGGACAUCAGGCAGAAGGUCAAUACGGGUACGGAAAUCGUCCCUUUUCUAAAUCCGUCGUUUUCUAGCCGCUAAGUGCGCGUUUUCUGGUCGAUAUCUGUACACUGCGGUCGAGUGUUUUUUUGUCUGACUGAGUCAUUAGGUAGAUGCCGAGAACUGCGCAACACUGCCGAUACGUUAGAGCGGCGUCAGUACUACUCAAUGCGAGAGAGAAGACAAAGACAGAGAGGACCAAUGUGGCUGGGCUAAAUUUAAAGGACUCAUUGGAUCUAAGGAAGACAAUCGUGAAGACAUUGGAAAGGGAAACAAUCAUUAAAUCACCAUCCCGUCACCGAUAAAGAAAGAAACUUUCAGGAAACGCAACAUUUGCUCCUCAUGUACAAAGCUUAGUCUGCGUAAGGUAACUAAUGGCUAUUUCAGUCUCGUGAGAUGAACCAAGAAACAGUCCCGAAUGUCAAAGAUCGAAGUCAGUAAACACAAAAGAGGUCGAAGAUUGCCUCGUGUGCACGUGCCAGUUGACUAUUGUGUUGGAAAAGCCGUGGUUACUAGCCGCUUACUACGUACGAAGCAGGGCAGGCUAAUUGAAGAAAGUUUUCUAUCACAAUCACGGCCCCCGUCGCGUGCGAAUCCGACGCCAAUGUCAAAAACGUGGGCAGAAGCGCGUGGUCAUUUUGAUGACAUCGAAAAUUUGUCAGAAGAUAACAAUGCCGGCGGCCCGGGCCGACGAAGUCAACGCGAUCAAGAAUAUAACUUCGACGUCCUAGAGGCCACUGGUAGAGCAGCUCGACACAACAAGCACAACUCAAAACGGGCCAAAUUUGUCAAAGAGAGGAUCUACAAUGAUAUACAAUUAAUGUCUAGAAGUGAAAAGGACGAACUGAUGGCGCAACUUGCGAGAGACGAACGGAAACGAAUAUUUGGCUGGCCUUUACGAGGCAUCACAGCAGAAUUACCAACGAGAAGAGCCCGACGCGUGUCUACUAUAAACUCUAAUCGGAACACGCUGCAGUCGGCGUUUGGCUGCUCAAAUCAGAGUAGAAAUAGAACUGAUACAAUUACUUUGAACAUGUCACGCAUUUGGCCAAUCAAGAGCACUAACCUCACUACGAAAUGUGUCAGAGGUCACUGUGCUAAAGAUGACGACACGGAGGACGAGGACAACAGUAAACGUGCUCGCGGCACAAGCAUGCCUGAACUUCCAUCUCAUGUUGAAUCGACGCUAAAAAGAUCGUCAGGAACAACAUCAGGGUCAACAGGGAAUCUAUUACACAACGUGCCGGUUGUCAAAAUAGCGCUCAAUAUUACCGGGGGACAAGUUCUUCACGAGGAAACUUCCACGGCUGGAAUGAAAGAAGUCGUCUUUCAGUGCCUCCAGAAAGCUGAGGACCAAAUAAACGCGGUGAAAUUUACCGACAAUAAUCAGCUACUCGAUAGGUUGACCAAUGAGGAAAACACUCUCAUAUCGAAGGCUCAUGGAAAACGUGCUUCAUUAUACUAUGCAUACCCUGAAAAUAAUCGAAAAUCAAAAGAUCCUACACGUUCGUCGAAGACUCAGUUGGCACCCUGUACACAAGUCGCUAUAACCAGACGAGGUCUGAAUGAUGAAGAAAGCGACUCCAGAAGCAUUGAUGUUGGCAACAAAGGAUACACCCCUAAACAGCGCUUAGCGACAACAAACAAGCUUGAACACGAUCCCGCCAAGUUAACAAAAUCAUCGAUAAGUAAGGAAACGAGCUGUUCCACAAUCGCUCCUUUUCGAGAAUUGCGCCGCUUCCAAAGCCAACAUGACAAUUCUGACUUGGCUGGCCCUCAGAAAAAAAGGCCCAAGGUGUCUAGCAAGACUUCCUGUACAGAAGUACGGGUGUUUGAGCCACGCUGCCGCAAUUCUAAAGACGAAUUUGGUAACGAUAGAUUAGGAAUAAAGAAGAUAGCUUCUGGGGAAGAAAUGAUGGAUGCACACGAAAAACAUAAUGAAGCAUAUAGAAAUAUUAUUUCCGUUCCCUCUCCUCCGGAGGGUCCCACCUGGCGUCCUUAUGAACUAACUGAUUGGCUUAUCCGAGAAGGCAGCCCCAAUAACAACACCGAACCAUAUUACAAACGAAAGUCAUCCACGAGUCUGCAGAUCAUUUUGAGGGAAUUAUUUUUCAGAGACUGUGUGAUAAGUGUUGCUCAGAUGCCAUACGACGGCCACGUACCAGCUCAUCAACGAACGUCAGGUCCUGCAGUGUGCGAACUGAGCUCUAGUUCUUCUUCAUUGACUUCCACCAAAAGAGUUCAAGGUCAAGCGCUACAGAAAUCCAAUCAUGACGGAACACAAGCAGAUGUUUCUAGCUCAUCAUCACGUUAUUCUGGAGACCGGUCUUUGCAUAUCCCCCUCAUUGACACAAAGGGACGCUACCCGACAAACAUACAAUUCAUUGAGAUUCAGGUUAAAACACGAAAAUAUAAUUCGCCCCGAAAAGCCCAUACCACUGCAACUGAAACUGGUCCUCCUCUUCAGAGAAGAAUUUCUUUCGCUGAAAAUGAUAACGCGGUUUAUUCUCCUCCCAGAAUCAAGCGAGUAACCCAAAUAACUCGGAAUGAUAUACGGGAAAGCAUUAUCGUUGGCCAGUUCGAUCGGAGUUUCAUCGUCCUUCACUCUCAAACCUCCGAUCAAAAUCUUAACGGAAGCAAUAUUAAUGGAAGCUCCGCUGGCUAUCUGAUCCUGAUUGACCAGCAUGCUCUUCAUGAACGUAUUCUUCUUGAACAACUUGAAGAUGAUUGUCUUUUUUUGCGAAAUGGCGAGCUUGAGACUGUCGGUGACAGAGAAGAUUCAAUGAAACGCGAACUGAGAAUGGCGCCUUCGAAAGUUCUUGCCCCGCCCGUCACUGUCAGGGUUCUGGGAGUAGAACAUGUGGCUCGUAUGAGACGCGAGCGUAUGGAAAUAGCUCGACAUGGCUUCUCGGUAAAAAUAGUGAAUAGCAGAAGUGAGCACUCGGAUCAUCCUCAAACAAGGUGCGUGGCUAUCAUUCGAACAGCACCGCGCUGUCUCGAUACGGGAAUCAUGACUACACUGCGACAACUAACUAAAAAGCUUUUCGAGGAAUACUUAGCACCAAUUUCCCAUUGUCACGCGUGGGCGGACAAUAACAGUAAUGGGAACAAUUACGAAACAUUCGGAUUAGUGCUUCACAAAUUACUCCGCUCAAAGGCAUGUCGAGCGGCAAUUAAAUGUCCCACUCAACUUGACAGGCCGACUCUCGAGCGAUUGAUAGAUCAGAUGAUCCAGUGCCGUCUGCCUUUUCAAUGCUGUCACGGGCGCCCAACGGUAACGCCUAUCCCUUUACGUUCACUUUGCUUCGACGAAAAGGAAGAUCACAACUCUGAAAUUAUGAUGCCAAACCGAGCACAGCGGCUUCAAAUCGCCGCCAUUCGCGAGCGCUUGGAUACGACCCGAUUCUCAGCUACUUCACACUGAAGUCGUACAUAAACGACAGAAUCCAGCCAUUAAUGGCUUGUUGUGAAAGUAAUUAACAAACGAAAACCUUUAUAAUACCCCACUGACGCUGGGUAUAAAAGAAAUAUAUACACACAAAAGAAGAAACAUUUUCGUUGACAAGCUAUUUUUCUCGUUUCCUCAAAUGUAUGUAUUUAUUUAAUGUAAAUAACGUAAAUUACGAUAUUAUUCUUAUGUAUAAUCUAAUAUUAUAGCAAGAUCUAAAAUAAUGUAUGUUUAGUUAUUAUUAGUCGUUGAACAUACUGGUUCAAUAUGUUUCCCGCUA